AUGGCUGACCCAAAUUGGCUUAGUGAUCCAAGCUUUAUGGAUAAUUCAGGCGAUGACUUUUUGAAUUCUAUUUUUGAUCAAAACCAGGGUCAGGUUUCUGCCCUGAGUCAACAUCCUCAGCCAGCACCACCACAGGCAGCACAACAGCAACCACAACAGCAACCACAACAGCAACAAGCUCAGCAAAUGCAACCGUUUCAACAGCAACCACAGCAACACCAACAAGCACAACUGUUUCAACAGCAAACACAACUGCCGCAAUCCUUACAAUUUCCAAUGUCUGGUCCACAAGCUCAAAUGCAGCCCCAACUGCAACUGCAAUCUAAUACCCCACAGAUGCGUCCAGGAGGCAUUCCGCAACAAGCACUUCCUCAACAGUUCUCUUCUCAGCAACAGAUUCCGUCACAAAUGCAAAGCUCUCAGGAUUUAAAUUCGAUAUAUAUGAGGCAACCAUCCCAACAAAUUAAUUCAAAUAAACAGGAGAUGCUUUUGAAAAUGAAACAACAGAUACAUAGACAGAAGAUGCAAGCACAAGCACAAGCACAAGCACAAGCACAAGCACAAGCACAAGCACAAGCACAAGCACAAGCACAAGCACAAGCACAAGCACAAGCACAAGCACAAGCACAAGCACAAGCACAAGCACAAGCACAAGCACUGUCUCAAAAUCCAACACCAAGUCAAAGCCAACAAUUUCAGACCCAGGUGCAAGCUGAUUUAUCGAGACAUGUAUCGCCUCAUGGCUCUCAAGUACCUACACCCGGACCUAACCAGGUAACUCCAACGAUGGGCAAUAUGAGUAACAAUGCCAAUGUCCAAACUUUCCAACAACAAUCACAACAGCCUACGCCCCAUAUGCCUCAACAAAAUGUACUACAACAGGGACAACAGUUUCCAAUGGCACAAAAUCAGCCAUUUCAACAACAACCAAUGCCGCUACAACAGCAGCAGACGCAACAGCAGCAACAACAGCAGCAACGUUUGCAACAAAAGGCUUCAAUAAGUACACAAAUCAGUGCUGAGACUUUUCAAGCGCUUUUAUUCGAUUUUAUGAGUCGUCGCGGAACCCCCAUAAAUCAACCAAUCAGUAUCAACAACAAACGAGUGAGUUUAUUCAUGUUCUUUUUGUUAUGUUCAAAAUUGGGUGGCCACCAACAAUUGAAGAGAUUUAUAAAUAUUAAUUUUCAACAACAACAACGUAAUCCAUGGGCAUUGAUUGGAAUGAAGAUGGGGCUCUAUGCGGGCGCAAAUUUACAAGAGCCAGGGGUGAAGGAAAACUUAGACAAAGAGGUUUGUGCUUGUUAUACGAAUUAUAUUUUACCAUAUGAAGAGUAUUAUGCUACACCGGCAGGACAAAGAGAUCUUCUGCAAAGAAAGACUCAGUUUCAAAGUCAAAUUAUUCAAAAAUAUCAACAACAAAUACAGCAACAACAACAGCAAUUUAGUCAACAACUGUCACCACCACAACAGCAAUUUCCACAAUCCUUUUCUCCCAAUGUUAGUGGUCCUACACCAAUGAUGGGGCUAAGCAAUCAACAAAGUCCAAAAGUUAGCAAUGCACCUACUCCUCAACAACGGAAAAUGUCAAGAGCCAGUAAUUUGUCUAAUCACAACUCUCCACAGGUGAACUCCCCAUAUGUCCAGAAUCAACAAUUCAGGCAACAGCAACAACAGGGCCAACAAACAACUCCUCAAUUCACGUCACAACAUAAUACACCUCAAGUGCAGUCGCAACCAACUCCGCAAUUCCCACAACAACCGUUACCACAACAACCUCAGCAACAAUUUCCUAAACAAUUUUCACCAUCACAACAACAUCAAGGUACGCCAUUGGCAACGCAGCAACAACAACAACAACAACAACAACAACAACAACAACAACAACAACAACAACAACAACAACAACAACAACAACAACAACAACAACAACAACAACAACAACAACGGAAACAACAGCAGCAACAGCAGCAACAGCAAAAGCAGCAACAGCAAAAGCAGCAACAGCAAAAGCAACAACAGCAGCGUCAACAACAACUACGUCAACAACAACAACAGCCACCAACUCCACUUACAACUGGUCAGCAACUGUUCGGUCCAAAGACGAGACAAUCCCUGUUUCAACAACAACAAACUCAGCCACAACCUCCAAGUAGUCAACCUUCACAAGUUGCUGCUACUCCUCAUAUCAAGAAAGAAGUUACCAAAGAGGAAGCAAAUAUUUUACGAAACUAUGUACCUUUUAAGAGAAUUCUUGAUACUCAUGGAAACCAUCAUAUGAAAGAGCUUUCGAUACUUUCAGGAGAAAUUGAAGCAACAAAACCAAUUUAUUUAUUUGCCCCAGAAUUGGGAACUAUUAAUUUGCAGGCCUUAUGUAUGGCUAUCAAGAGUGACCAAGGAAUUCAAAGUUCAGAAGUUGUGAAUGCAUUGAAUACGUUAUUGGUAACUACAUCAGACUCCAAUUAUACAUUUUCUAUAAAUGACUGUAUUGAAUUGUUGGAUUCACUAUGCAAAUUAGGAAAAGAGGUGUUGCACAAGAUCAUUUAUGGAGAACCUUCUGGCAAAGAUGUGGUUGAAGAAGAUGCAACCAAGUUGAAUUCCCAUAGUACAAUUGAUGAUGUUUUCAACAAGUACGCUAAUGGAAAAGGUGAAGAUAUUCUGUAUGUUGUUAAUUCAUUAACUGGUGAGUUGAUUUGUGAAGAUGAAGAAGAUGAAGAUCAAAUUAAUAAUUUAUUUGAUUUCACCAGUGAAAACGAUUCCGGGACACCACAAUCUUCUCCACCGCCUUCUUCUCAUUCAGAAGAACCAGAAGAAUUCCACAUUGACGAUUACUCAACUGCUUUACAAAACUUCAAGCUGGAGAAUAGGAACCACUUUAGUAAAUUACAAACAAAGAGUGCAACUGAUAAUCAAGUGUUUUUAAUUGAUGAGUUGAUCACCAUUACUAUGAUUUUAAGAAAUAUUUCAUUUUCCGAAUUCAAUAAAGAAGUUUUGGCCAACAAUGGAUUGUUCAAAGACUUGUUAUUUUCAACAGUCAAAAAUAUCGCCAUGCAUCGAGAUAAAUUUAUGUUUAGUAGGAAAAGGUUAUGUUUGCUCAAAGAUUGUCUUUUGAUGUUGGAUAACAUUGCCUACUUUGUACAUUUACGAUCAUUAGAAGAAGCUUUCCUUUCAUUUGUGUUGAUUACUAGUUUUGGACCUGGUAUAAAGAAAGUAUGGACUAUUCCAAGAUGUAAUCUUGACACUCAUUCAUAUUUUUCAUUUGCCAUUGAUGCAUUCACCAAAUUGUUAGUUAGAGAACCAUUCAAUCGAUCGUUGUUACAUGCUGUAUUAACGGGAAGUUUGAAUUUGGGGUUGACUACAAGCUAUGUCAAUAGUUUUGUUGUUUCACAACAUGAUCAAGAACACACCAGAAAAUUGAUCAAUUUGUACCUAGGUGAAAGUGCCAAGGACUUGAAAAAUGGUGUGUUAUUAACAAGAGCAUUUCAACUGUUAAUGAGUAUUAUUCCCUUUGAUGCCAAUAGUUUUGAAUUUUCAAAAUUUAUAUUUCUUCGAGCACCAACUAUAUCACAAAUGUUUUUUGGAGUUAAGUUGAUUAUCGACAUGGCCCCAAUCAAUGACUUGCACACAUUCUCCGACAAGAUUUCGUUAUUUUGGAUCUUGUAUAAUCGAGAGUUGAUUUUAGGAAAUUUCGUUCGAAUUGUGGUUGCAUUGGCUUCAGAAACGGGUAAAUUCCCAAAGGAAUCACCUGAACAUACAAUAUUAUCAUCAUGUUUAACCAAAGCUCUUAUUGUGGUUAAUUCAUUAGUGGAAAAUGCCGUGGUGGCUAAGAACAUUGAGUAUUCUGGUGAAACUGAUUAUCGAAAUGCUGAUUUAAUGAAUCAAUUGACUGAUUGUUAUGCGUUUCCGAGGAUCAUACCUGAUAUUAAUUUGACUUUGGAUACCUUUUUGGCACCAACAAUUGAUACCGGUUUAGGAAAAGAGAUUGUUAGAUUAUUGCGAUACUUGAAAGAUUUGAAAGCCUGCGAAAGCAUAUAA